UUCAAAGAGAAUGGACAAUUUUACAAAGCAGUCGUUACAAUCAGCUCAUCAACACUUGAGUACAAUGAAUAGUGAAUUACACCAACACAGGACUAAGCAGCUGGAACAAUUUCAUUCCCACCUCAUUGAUGAGCUUGGAAGCUUUGAAAAAGAUGCACACUCUUUGAAAAAUGUGGAAAAAGAAUUUUCGAGUUUUUUCAAGAAGCAUUCCCAAACUUUUAGCACUUACAACAAAAAUGAGCAACAUAGACUUAAUGCGCUGAAAACUUCUUUUGAAAAGAAUGUUUGCCAUGUUGCUGACGGUGAAGAAAAUAUUUUUAGUUCUGAGAUGCACCAACUGAAGGACGACAUGAAGGCGCUCCAAGAAAAGCUUCUUAAAGAAAUGCAAGAAGAGGAAUUGCUUAACAUUCACAAAGGGCUGCAGUCACUUUUUAUGUUGGAAGAAAGGAAGUUCUAACACAAUUAAAUUUACACGUAC